AUGGAGGACACACCACACAAAGCUCAUCGACCAGCACAAUCAGGGGCCAAGGCCGACAAGAAAGGCAAGGCAAAGGAGAAGCAGCACGGAUUCAACGAGAAGGCUUUUGCCCCGAAGUCGGGUAGACGGGCUGACCGUCAGGGCAGGCGUGCAGCUGAGAAGGAUCAAACUCGUCUACAUGUCCCUCUGGUUGACAGGACUCCGGACGACCAACCUCCUCCAAUCAUAGUCGCCGUUGUUGGUCCUCCCGGAGUCGGUAAAAGCACUCUCGUCAGGAGUCUCGUCCGCAGGUAUACCAAACAGUCCCUGAACGAGAUUCGUGGACCAGUCACUGUCGUCAGUGGUAAGAGGCGAAGGCUGACAUUCAUCGAAUGCAACAAUGACCUCAACUCCAUGAUUGACAUUGGCAAGGUCGCUGACCUUGUCCUCCUCAUGAUUGACGGUUCCUAUGGCUUCGAAAUGGAAACAUUUGAGUUCCUCAAUAUUCUACAAGCCCAUGGUUUUCCCAAAGUCAUUGGCGUCCUCACCCACUUGGACCUGAUCAAGAAGGCUGCUAUUCUCCGGGAUACCAAAAAGGCACUCAAGAAGCGCUUUUGGACAGAGAUCUAUCAGGGCGCAAAACUUUUCUAUCUCUCCGGCAUUCUCAACGGACGUUACCCCGACACCGAGAUCCUGAACCUAUCCCGCUUCAUUUCCGUCAUGAAAUUCCGCCCACUCGUCUUUCGCAACUCUCAUCCUUACCUCCUUGCCGACCGCUUCGAAGACCUAACCCCACGAGAAGAAAUUCGUUCGUCUAAGGGGAAGUGUGACCGGACGGUGACUGCGUACGGCUAUCUCAGGGGAACAAAUUUGCGAGAUGGGACAAUGGUUCACAUUCCGGGUGUUGGAGAUCUGCAGAUAAAUGGUGUCACUGUGUUGGCAGAUCCGUGUCCGUUCCCAGACGCGGAUUCGGAGAAGAGGCGCAAAUUGAGCGAGAAGAAGAAACUUCUGAUUCAUGCUCCCAUGAGCGAUGUUGGUGGAGUCAUAUACGACAAAGAUGCGGUGUGGGUUAACGUGCCCGGCAGCUUCUCCCGCGGGAAUGCGGAUGUUCCGCAGGGUGAGGGAGAACAGAUGGUCAUGGAUCUUCAAGACAUGGACGAGACCCUGGAAGACGUCGUCGCCCGCAGCCAGAUACGACUGCUUGGAUCAUCAUCAAGAAACUUAGUCGUCGACCCGUCCUCAAGCCGCUCUGUCGACGAUCGUGUGGAACCCGAGUUCGCGGAUUAUGAGGAGGACGAGGAUAGCGAGGACGAGGAGUCGGGGAGUGGUUACGAAGAUAUCACCGACGGCGAAGAAGUUAACGACGGUGCGGAGAACGACUCACAGGUAUUCCACGGUGGAAGGACGUCUCAACGGACGGGACAUCGUCCUGUCGAUCGGUUGAACAAGGUCGGUGCGCGGGACGUCGUCGAAUACGCGGACAGUGACUCGGACAUGGGCGGAGAUGACGAAGACGGUCAGGCUGUAGGCAGAGAAGUGAUGGAUUCUGAAGACGAUGAGGGCGGAGCUGAGGAUGGAAAUGAGUCUGGUGAUGGCGAGGGUCAGGAAACAGGCGAGGCGGACGUCCCGCGGUGGAAGGCCAACAUGGUGGGCAAGGCGGUCGCCUCGUUUGAGCUUGCUCUUCGUGCGCGACGGAAGGAGGAUUGGACAAAGCUAAUCUAUUCCAGCGAGCUCGCUCCUUCGCAGAUUCUACGAAAUCGCGCAGAAACCGAGGAGGAGAAACCGAACGGCAUGGAUACCGAGGAGAACGAAGACGAAUUCUUCAAAGUUAAAACGGAGCGCGGUGAUCUUGACCUAGACGUGACCUCUCUCGACAUGUCGAAACCCCUACCUCCGACGGAUAUCUCAACGGAGUGGGAUGAUGAAAUGCUCGACUCGAUACGGAGUCUUUUCAUCACUGGUGAUGGGAAUGGCGAUGGCGAUGACGACGGCGCAGGUGACGGUGAGGGACGGGAUCCAACGCAAGACGAUUAUGAGGAUGCAGAGGGGGGAAGCGAUUAUGAGGAUUUAGAGGGCGGUCAAGGGGCAGAGGAUAGUCGCCCGGUGAAGGACCUGGGGGAGACUCGUGCUGCAGCUCUCUUCGCCAAGAAAGAGGCUUUGAAGCGCAAGUUCGACGAGCAAUACGACGAUCCAGAAGCAUCAAAGCAGGACUUCUACGAUGAGAAAAAGGACGAAAUUUCCCGCCAACAGUCGCUCAAUCGCGCCGAGUUCGAAGGUGUCGAUCUGGAAACUCGAGCUCUCGUGGAAGGCCAUCGGCCAGGAUCAUAUGUUCGCAUCGAGUUCAAAGACGUCCCUUGCGAAAUGGUAGAGCACUUCGAUCCCCAUCGGCCACUCAUUGUUGGUGGUCUUCUCCCUGCAGAGGAACGGUUUGGUUUUGUCCAAGUCCGUAUCAAACGACAUCGAUGGCACGCACGCACUCUCAAGUCCAACGAUCCCCUCGUUUUCAGUCUCGGUUGGAGACGAUUCCAGACGGUCCCGAUAUACUCUCUCGACGACCAUUCCAUCCGCAUGCGUAUGCUCAAAUACACACCAGAACAUAUGCAUUGCUACGCUACGUUUUACGGCCCGGUCGCGCUUCCCAACACCGGCUUCUGCGCUUUCAACUCGCUGAGUGCUGACACUGCAGCCUUCCGCAUAUCGGCGACAGGCGUAGUGCUGGAUAUCGACCGGUCGACACAGAUCGUCAAGAAACUUAAGUUGACGGGCGUACCUUUCAAAAUCUUCAAGAACACGGCUUUCGUAAAGGACAUGUUCACCACUGCUCUCGAGGUGGCAAAGUUCGAAGGCGCAAACAUCAGGACCGUGUCUGGGAUCAGAGGCCAAGUCAAGAAAGCGCUCCCGAAGCCAGAUGGUGCAUUUAGGGCGACAUUUGAAGAUAAAGUACUUAUGAGCGAUCUCAUAUUUUUGCGUGCGUGGUACUCUAUCCAGCCUCGCAAGUUCUAUAAUCCCGUCACUUCUCUGCUGUUAUCGAACGGCGUUCACUGGGCUGGUAUGCGUCUUACCGGUCAAGUACGGCGCGAGCAAGGCUUCUCCGCACCCCAGUCCACAAAUUCGAUCUACAAACCUGUCGAGCGACCCGCCCGCAAAUUCAAUACUCUCAAAAUUCCUCGCAAGCUGCAGGCAUCUUUACCAUAUGCAUCCAAGCCGAAACUGAUGAAGCCGCAGAGUCAUCAGACCUAUCUGCAGAAGCGAGCGGUCGUGCUCGAGCCGGAGGAGAAGAAAGCAUUGGCAGUCAUGCAACAGAUUCGGGCUAUCAGGAAGGACCAGGUAAUCAGACGGCGAGAGAAGCAAGAUGCGAGGAAGGAUGUAAAGAGAGUGAAGAUGGCGAAGGAAGAGGCGAAGAAAACGGAGAAGAAAAAGGACGAGCGCAAAGAGGCUAUGCGUAUGGCAGGAAUAAAGAGCAAAAGAGAGGCCGACAGAGAGGUGGGAGGAGCACGGAAACGGCGUAAAACUUGA